GCCCCACCAACCUUCAUUUUAUUGUUGUUUUCUCUAUAAAUACAAUCUCUCAUUACAUUCAUACAUCUCUUGUGAACUUGUUUAUUGGUCUCUUCUAUUAAUUGAUGACCAAUUUUAGUGCUACCAUUUUUUUUUAUGUUACAUUAUAUAAUACAUGCAACAGUCUGCUUCUUUUGUUCAUUAAUGUUGAUAUUUGGUAAUAGUCUGGGAUACUACUACUCUCUUAUUUAUUAGCAAAAAGUUAUAUCAAAGUAUGGAUGGUGGCUGUGGCGGCGGCUGCGGUGGCUGUUCCAAGGACGACAUAGCGGUGGAGUUUGGAGAUGAACCCCAUGUUUUAGCAGUGGAUGAUAACCUCAUUGAUAGAAAACUAGUGGAGAAGUUACUCAAGAACUCCUCCUGCAAAGUAACAACUGCAGAGAAUGGGCUGAGGGCAUUGGAAUAUUUGGGAUUGGGAAGUGAUCAGAGGAAUACCUUGGAGAUUUCAAAGGUAAAUCUAAUAAUAACAGAUUAUUGCAUGCCUGGAAUGACAGGCUAUGAGCUGCUUAAGAAAAUUAAGGAAUCAUCAGUUCUGAAGGAGGUUCCUGUUGUAAUCCUGUCAUCUGAAAAUAGUCCCACUCGCAUUAGCCAAUGCUUAGAGGAAGGUGCUCAGAUGUUCAUGCUGAAGCCCCUGAAACAGUCAGAUGUUAAGCAACUGAAAUGCCAUUUGAUGAGAUGA